CACACACACUCUCUCUCUCUCUUUCUGUCUUUCUUUCUGUCUCUCAGUCAGUAAUAAUGGAGCCCGGCAGUCCGAAGAAGAUCCAGUUCGCUGCGCCUCCGCUGCAGGGACAGCUGGAUCCACAGGCCGCCGAACAUAUCCGUCGCAGACGACCGACUCCUGCCACUCUGCAGAUCUACAGACAACCUGGCACAGAUGCUGGGGACCAGCAAAACGCCGGCGGAGAGUCACAGCCUUCAGAUUCCUCUCAGAGGAAGAAGAGCACCUACGCCCCGCCCACCAUGAAAGGCAAGCUGGAAAGCUCCGUACCCGAGGAGGACGAGGACGAGGACGAAACCGUCCCCCAGGACGACUGACCCGGGGGAGAAGUCUUCAGCACAAAAAGAGGGCGGACAAUUUAUUCCUGACAAAACCAACAGACGGACUCCGGCGGCCAACUCGAGCCUAGCGCCUACAUGACAGGACAUUGAUUUCACCGGGAGAGCUGAGCUCCGAGCGGUUGACGUUUUACUCGGAGCGCGUAAAAAAACAAGCGCGAAGCCUCCCCCCUUCCUCUCAGCGAACUGGUCUGGAAACAGCCAACAGGGCCGCCUCACCUCACCAAGCACCUUCACCUCAACGCGACUUCACGCAAACCGCCGCCGAGUCGACUACGAUCUUUUUAGCCCCGGGAUUAAAAUUAAAAACGCGCCUCUGUUUGCCCCGUUUCAGUUCAGAAACAGGGUGGAAGUAGGAUUUUUUUUCCUUUAACAGAAGCAGCAAAUAAAUUCCAUCACAACAGUUGAACUCAAACGCUCGCGCAGCCGACAUUUCACACUUUUGGCGGGAAACUCAGAGUAGCCUGUUCUGAUGCUGUGAAAACAAA